AUGCGGCGUAUCUUGCCAACACUGAAUCUCAGCAGGGCUGGAUCGCCACGAUGGACGCAGACUUACUAUCAGAUGGAAAUGGAUAGAGGGUUGUUUGUUGCUGCGUUGCUGAGCUCGAGGCACUUUUUUGGCAACGCACCUGCGCGUGUGAGACCUGUGGAGGCACCUAUAGAGAAUGGAUUCAGGCAAACGGAGCGAGAAGUCAGCCCUUUGAUUGUCAUGGCAUUCGUUAUCAUUACUCCGUUGUGGCUACUGGCUAUAUUUUCCGGGGGCGAAGAAACUAAGAGAGAAACCCUCAUGCAGUGGGCCUUGGCCCGGCAGCGAAAACUGGUCGUGAAUCCGGCUUCUUUAGUUUCUUCUCCCAAAUGA